GUCGAACUGCAAUUCCACUUUUUUAGGUUUACGAGUUGGUAAAUAUAUCAGUUUGUGGCACCGCCGUUAUGAAAACAUAUGGACACUCAGACUCGUUUCCCUACGUCUAUGACUUUGGACUGUUUAUCGUUCCACGUGGCAAACCAUAUUCGUCGUUAGAAAAAUUAUUUUUUCCAUUCAAAAUGGAGGUUUGGAUUUGCGCUUCUUUAGUUUUUCUAGUAAUGGUGGUGGCGAUUUUUAUUCUAAAAUUUAUGGCGAAGGAAAAACACGAUUUUGUCAUUGGCCCCAGUAACGCUCCAUUGCUAAAUCUUUUUUCGAUUGUUGUUGGUGGAUCAACGACCACAUUUCAAGUACCACAAAAGAAUUUUGCGCGUACAAUACUGGCAAUAUUGCUCCUGACGACCUUGAUUUUGAGGAAUGCGUAUCUUGGCAAUUUAUUCAACUUUUUGCGAACGCAGAAGCGAAUGAAACAACUAAAUUAUGUACAGGACGUUGCUGAAUCUGAUGUUGCAAUUUAUUCAUUAAGAGAUAUCCGUCUUUAUAGUGAAAUUGCAGCUAUUGGCGAUCGGAUGAAGAAUUCCACGCGUAAAUUGGAAGACAUAAGAGAUGCUAUUUCGGAUGAUAAUCUGGACGGUGUAUAUACAGCACUCAAAAGUGUUGUUGAAUACAACGAUUUGGUAAAUUUCCAAAAGCCAAAACUUCUGACGGCGAAAGAAUAUAUUUUAAUGUAUCACAUUGUAAUGAGACUCCGAAAGUUUUUAAAACCAUCGAUUGAUCGUCAAAUAGUAGCUCUACUAAGCAGUGGUCUAGUUCAGCAUUGGCAAAAAUCUUACACAAAAACCGUCAAAAAUGUUGCAGAUAAGCAUCCGAAGCAACUCAAUAUCGACGAGUUUACUGGCAUAAUUGCAAUUUGUGCCGCUAUGUAUGCAUUGAGUAUUCUUGUGUUUAUUAAAGAAACAGACUUAAGCAUUAAGGGAACUAUCAGGAAUUACGUCACGCCAACGGAGAGAAUGGCGAAGUUUGUUAAAUGGAGGAUAUAG